GCAGAAAUUGAAGCGGAAUGAAGAUUAUUUUAAUUUUAAUUCUAAUCUCAGUUUUUGCAGUGCAAGCGGAAUGGGGCGAGCAUUGCGAAAGGUCGCUGGAGCUGGAAUCCGAAUGUGGUCGUUAUUGUUAUAAGGUUGUAAGACCGUUUUUAGAUCAUAUAAAGACAUUACAGCCAAAGGACGCAGAUAAAGAUGGUUCCCAACUGGAAAAGUUCAAAGAAAAAAUCGAAAUGGUCGAAAAUAAAUAUGAUACCCUAGAACACGAUCUACUAAAAAAGUGGGAACAACUUGAACGAAAGAUAGAAAUGGAGUGGCAGGAAAUAAAGACAUUACAGCAGGAGGCCAGUAACAAAUAUCAAAAUAUACUAAAUAAGCUGGAUAGUAUACAAAACACCAAACGAACGAAUUCACCUGCCACCUUUGUGAAUACAUUUCAGUGUAGACAUUAGGUCAGAAUUCCUUGAUGCCAACGCCCGAUCUAGGUAAUUAGGUGUAAGCAAAAUGGAACAAAAAUUAAAGUAUGUAAUAAAUUGACUAACUAACUGAAAGAUAUUUUGAGUUCAAAUAAAAAAAAUUCAUACAAGCAUUCAAAAAA